AUGGAUUCGGAUGAAUUCCGGGCGAUCUUGUCGGGAUCGAGGGUCGGGAUUUGGGAGAUGAUCGAGGCGGCGAUUCGAGUCGCCAGCUCGGACCACGGCGACGAGCUGCGCCGCCGGAGGGAUAAAAUCGUCGAGUCGCUCUACGCCCCCGCCGCCCGGACCUGCCGGAACUGCGGAGGCGACGACGACGAGGCUCGGGACCACCGCUUUCAUCAUACCAAUGAUUAUACGAAUAGAGAUGGUGUGGAAGAUAAAGUUAACAGCCCGGACUGUAACAAUAAGAGAUUCGAUGUGGUUGAUGAUGGUGAUGGUGAUGACGACGAUAAAACUGAUCGGAAUUUGGAUCGGAAUUUUGGUAAAAGCCCGUUGACUCCGGAGUCGAACCAUCGGAGUUUCAGUGGCGGAGAAGAAGGGGAGGAUGUCGAUCCAUACGGUGGGUUGUUUGAUGAUGAGCAGACAAGAAUCCUCACCAUCAAAGAGCAGCUCGAAGAUCCAAACCAGAGUGAAGAUGAUGUAGUGGAAUUACUGCAUAACUUGUCAGAUAUGGAUAUCACUUUCCAAGCUCUCAAGGAAACCGAUAUAGGAAGGCAUGUGAAUAGAUUGAGGAAGCAUCCAUCGAACGAAGUUCGUAUAUUGGUGAAGCAGCUUGUCAGAAAAUGGAAAGAAACAGUGGACGACUGGGUUAAAGUGAAUCAACCACAAAGAGCCUCUGACCUUAAUGCUGAUGUGGACUCACCUCAGCAGAACAUAUCCAAAAACCAACAAAAUGGCCAUCACCAGGUUCCUGAUUUUGGAUAUUCUCCCAACCCAAGGAUCGGGAGCUCUAGUGCAGAAAGGAAUUAUGGUGAGCAUGAGCGGAAGCCUAAGCCACCUCAAUCUGCACCUAGAAGAGAACCUCCAUCAAGACCACCACAAUCAGCUCCGAAAUCUUCUUCGACUCUUCCUCCCAAUAGAGCACAACAGAGAGAACCUGCCUUGGAUGAUGAAAGGCUAAAUUCAGCAAGGAGGCGGCUUCAGGAGAACUACCAAGAAGCUCAAAAUGCCAAAAAACAAAGAACUAUUCAGGUGAUGGAUAUUCAUGAGAUUCCCAAGCCAAAGAAUGCCUACUUCGCAAAGAACAAAGGCGGCUUUCAAGGGAGGAGCCAUCGGUGA